GCAUCUGGGGAAGGAAGGAGGGUCGGGCCGGCGGCGAUCCACGAUGGAUUCGCGGGUGUCCGAGCUAUUUGGGGGUUGCUGCCGGCCCGUCGGGGGUGGGAACGGCGGGGGCCUACGAGGCCGCGGCGGCAGCGGCUCCGGUGGUGGGUCUUCCAAGGGGAAGAAGAAAAACGGACGACACCGGGGAGGGAAGGCCAACAACCCACCGUAUCUGCCACCGGAGGCAGAAGAUGGGAACAUAGAAUACAAGCUGAAACUAGUUAAUCCUUCCCAGUACCGCUUUGAACAUCUAGUAACACAGAUGAAGUGGCGUCUACAAGAAGGUCGUGGUGAGGCAGUGUACCAGAUUGGUGUAGAGGACAACGGGCUGCUGGUGGGACUGUCGGAAGAGGAGAUGCGCGCCUCUCUCAAAACGCUGCGGCGGAUGGCUGAGAAAGUGGGAGCUGAUAUCACUGUGCUACGUGAAAGGGAGGUGGAUUAUGACAGUGACAUUCCCAGGAAGAUAACAGAAGUUCUUGUCCGAAAGGUCCCAGACAACCAGCAGUUCUUAGAUUUGCGAGUAGCUGUGCUUGGGAAUGUGGAUUCAGGCAAGUCAACUCUACUAGGUGUCCUGACACAGGGAGAGCUGGAUAAUGGGCGAGGCAGAGCUCGUCUCAAUCUGUUCCGGCACCUGCAUGAGAUCCAGUCAGGGAGGACAUCCAGCAUCAGCUUUGAAAUCCUUGGCUUCAACAGCAAAGGAGAGGUAGUAAACUACAGUGACUCACGAACAGCUGAGGAGAUCUGUGAGAGUUCCUCCAAGAUGAUCACCUUCAUUGACUUGGCUGGCCAUCACAAGUACUUGAAAACCACCAUAUUUGGACUCACAAGUUAUUGCCCAGACUUUGCCAUGCUGGUGGUUAGUGCUAAUACUGGAAUUGCAGGUACAACACGAGAGCAUCUAGGCUUGGCUAUGGCCCUGAAGGUCCCUUUCUUCAUAGUCAUUAGCAAAGUGGACUUGUGCUCAAAAGCCACUGUGGAACGGACAGUGAAGCAGCUGGAGCGGAUCCUGAAGCAGCCUGGUUGCAACAAGCUCCCCUUGCUGGUAACAUCGGAUGAUGACGCUGUCACAGCAGCCCAGCAGUUUGCACAGUCUCCCAAUAUCACUCCAAUCUUCACCUUAUCAAGUGUUUCUGGAGAGAACCUGGAUCUCGUGAAAGUUUUCCUCAACAUCCUUCCUCCUCUUACUAACAGCAAAGAGCAAGAGGAUCUAAUGCAGCAGCUUACUGAAUUUCAGGUGGAUGAAAUCUACACAGUGCCUGAAGUGGGCACUGUUGUUGGAGGAACUCUGUCAAGUGGAAUAUGUAGAGAGGGAGAGAACCUGGUGGUUGGUCCAACUGAUGAUGGCAAAUUCCUCCAGCUGAAAGUGUGCAGUAUCCAGCGGAAUCGUUCAGCGUGCCGUGUGCUUCGGGCUGGGCAGGCUGCUACACUUGCCCUUGGACACUUUGAUCGCUCACUACUGCGCAAAGGUAUGGUGAUGGUAAGCCCAGAGAUGAACCCCACUAUUUGUUCAGUGUUUGAAGCUGAAAUUGUUCUGCUUUUCCAUGCCACAACUUUCCGGAACGGAUUCCAAGUAACAGUGCAUGUUGGCAAUGUGCGGCAAACAGCAAUUGUGGAAAAGAUCCAGGGAAAGGACAAGCUGCGGACAGGAGAAAAGGCUGUGGUUCGUUUCAGGUUCAUUAAACAUCCUGAAUAUUUGAAGAUAGGAGCCAAGCUCCUGUUCCGCGAAGGAGUUACCAAAGGUAUUGGACAUGUCACACAUAUCCAAGCAAUCACCAUUGGAGAGAAUGGCUUAGAAGAAGGCCUAAGCUCGGUGCUGGUCAGUUUCUGACUUGCAUUGGAUCUCUGAGAUCUCCUGAUGACAGCAAUAGAGGAAGGGGAGGAGCCGCCUCCCACCCACCAUCUGGAGUUUCUGCUUGGUCUGUCUUUUUACAUCGGCAUCUUUCUUCCGUACCACAGAGGGUUGCUGAACUGAGUGCUCUGGAGCAAGUUGAGAAUGUUUGCACUUCACCUGCUUCAUUUCGUUGCUUUCCCUGAAGUACACAAAGAGUGGCUGCAUCUUUUUCCAGGCCUGGCAACAACUGGGUUUGUUGACUUUUGUUGGAAGUUAUUUCUGAGUAGAGGGCAAAGCCCUGUGGGUGUUGGAUUGUAGCUGAGGGAUUCUGCCACCUGUGAGGCAAGAAUAAUUGACCCACUUCAGCCUUCUGGGCUCAGUCCCUGUUUGGUCCAGCUUUGCAGAUUGUCACAGAUGAGCUGAACAAUUUGCACUGCUCACAGUGCAGCUCAGGACCUUUCUAAUCAUUUUUAAAUUAUUGCUGGUUUCAUUUUAAACAGAUAGUUCCUCAAUUUUAAUUAGUGUACUGGAUUUUAGUAGCUUAAUUUCCACGAUGUUUUUUAAAGGGUUGGCGCAAGGAAGGAACAUAUCCCUGAAAUAGCCUUUAUUUGAUGGUAAUAAUAAUAAUACCCCCUUCCCCUCAUAUCAUGGCUAUGAAGUUGUUAACAGCUACUCUCUUCCUCAGUAGAGCUGACAAGAUUUCCUAAAGGAGUUCUAGACCAGUGUGGAGAUCUCAUGCACCUCAGUAUUUGCUGGCUGUUUCCUCAGCUGAGCUCCUGCUGUUGGUAGCCUUAACUGAGAUGGCCUUAUGUUCUGAUGAGUUUCCCUGAUGAAUCCAUGGGUACCCAAGCCUAAUGUGUUCCUCGAUAAACUUGCCUUAAUUUGACAUGGUCAAACCAGUAAGAGGUGUUUGGCCAUCACAGGGAAGCUUGAGACUUUACUGUAGUUAUCAUGAUUCCCAUUCAGCCUUUCUAACUCCAGCUUUUUGCUUACGUUAGCUUUAUUCUUGACAGACAACCAUCUCUACACCUACAGUAUGCAACUGAAGCUAUGGUCCUGACAUUUGUAUGCUAUGGGACAGUUUUCAAGCAUACAGAAAGCUGUGCCUCUUGAAGGAUGUUGAAAUUGACAACAGUGUUUUUGCUUAAUUAUUCCUAUAUAUUUCAGCUGCUGUUUCAAUAAGGGUUGAAGUAGUCAGGAGUUAACAUGGCCAGUGAGGAGAAUGACCUGUACUAAAAUGCUCCUUCUAUUACCAUGUUUUGCUUUAUCUUGUCCUGUUCAGAGAAGACAUUUUUAUAACUGCUGAUAGUGCCACACAGAUGGCUGAGUUAUGUUUUCUUUCAAAGCAUAUUGGAACCCGUGAUUGCUCUCCUUCCUGGUGAUGCUCCUUGCACUUCCGCUGGUCAUUUGCCUUCAUUUGAUGGGAGAGGAGAAGAACAUCAGUCCGUUUAAUCUGAGUAUCAUGUCUUAGGAGACAUUAUCCAUCCCAGCUCUCCCUUAAUCAGUCAGUGUGGUUCCAUGUGCACAGCACUCUUGAUCACACCUGAUUAUGAAAAAGAAACUGAUCUCAUAGUGUAUACCAGGCUUGGUCUGGCCACAUUGCCAGUGUCAAUCUGCCCUGUAGCAAAGGAGUGUUUUAUUAUCACUGUGAGUUAUAGUGAGUUAUUCAGUUGCAAACUUUCAAGGUGCUGUUUCAACCCUUGUGAAAGAUGACGUUUGGUUGUCUCCCACCCUUGCCUUCUAUUGCGUGAGUGUUCUCAGUGCCAUGCUUUUCAUGUUCAUGGUUUGUGUGGAUUCUUUGAAGCAGCGAGGUGUUUUGGCCUCCUAUCUAUAUAUAAUGUACAAAAUAAAGAUGUUUUAUUGAAUAAUA